CACGUACCAAGAAAAAGAAAGUUUAGUUAAAUCAAAAAGAUCGUGAUCCCAAUUGAGAUUAAAUGGCGAUGGAAAUAGCAACUCCGAUUCAUGCACCGGUUACAUCUCCGGCCAGCAACCUCAUCAUAUCAGCAACAACGGCCGUGGAAACUCAGAAAAAGAACAGGAUUCAAGUUUCCAACACCAAGAAACCCUUAUUCUUCUACGUUAACCUCGCCAAGCGGUACAUUCAACAGCACAACGAGGUUGAGCUUUCUGCACUUGGUAUGGCGAUCACAACAGUGGUUACUAUCUCAGAAAUUUUGAAGAACAAUGGACUUGCAACCGAGAAGAAAGUUCUGACAUCGACAGUCGGAAUAAAAGACGAGAGCAAAGGGAAGAUAGUUCAGAAGACAAAGAUUGAGAUUGUGUUGGCGAAAUCAGACAAAUUUGAUUCUCUGAUGACUCCAGCGCCGGAGGAGGAGGCGGUGGCGAAUAUGGGAGAGAAACCAAUAGAAACUGAAGCUCGUGAAGGCAAGAAGGAGUGACCACCUAAACAAAUUUCGAGGAUUAGUAUCAUUUUCUUUAUAACUAUAACAAGGAAACUGUUUGUGCUACGACACAUAAAAAAGAAUGCUUUCUUAUUAACUCAAAAGUGAAAUUUUAUGGAAAGACAAUGAAAUGUUAUGUU